AUGAAUAACCACAAUUCCCCUUUAAAACAACAGCCCCAACAGCAAGGCACCUCUCAAUAUUGGAGUCGUUUUAUGAAUAAACGAGUUGUUGAUAAAGCCUAUGUACCAACUGCACAUGAACAUGCAGCCAACUGUUUAACACAUGAAAUUCUUGUCAUCCCUGCAUGUAUCGCUGCACAAAUUCUCGUAUCGAAUUCUAUGACACAUGCAUAA